UUCAUCUCGUUGUUAUAGGUCUGCGACAUGUUUCUUCUCUCUUAAAUCUAUUUUAGUUGUCUCAUCAAGAAACAGGUCUCAGACUAAAUUGAAUCGCUUUCUACGAUUUAAUUUGGAUUGUUGUAGUAAGAUUGACAUCAAUACCAAGAAGAUGAUGUCAGAGAAAUAUCCGUUAUUCGAUAAUAAAGUGGAUGUGUUUCGAAAGAAGUACGUCUAGUUGAUAACAAUUUGAGCCAUUAUGGUAAAAAAUAAUUGAGGGGAUGAUUGGUGAACAAGAUAUAACCUGUGAUUCACUGAAGGUAUCUUGCAUAGUAAGGUCUCCGAGCCACGAGUCGUUUGCUACAGAUUUGUCACUGAUGUCUUUAUCAAGUUUGGGCUCAGAUUUAGGUUUAGUCAAGGAAAAGAGUAUAAGAAAUGGUGGAGAAGGAGAAAACUUGAGAAGAAGUCCCAGAAUGAUGGAAGGAGGAAUAGGAGGAUGGGCUUCAACUAAAGGAAGUAAAAUUUUUAAGGGAAACUUCCUUCAGGUACCAUCAGAAUAUGGAGAUAAAAACUGGCAUAAGGGACAUGAGACAUUAUUUGAAGAAGAAUCAGAAGUAAUUAAAAAUUGUGGUGCUUUAUCAUCUGUCCUUGGAUUAAUGAAGAGUUUUAGUACUAGUGAUAUUGUAAACUGUUCUUUAAAUGAGAGUGAAAAUCUUAGACUGACUGUAUCAGAAAUAGCUCUGUGUAGUUGGAGUAGAUAUCAAUUACCACAUGGAAAAUUAGAAUAUGCAUCUAGAUCUUGUUCUACAUGGGUUGCUGUUGGAGACAUGAAUUCAAUUUCCCAAUUACCUUCUCCACAAACCCAACCUGGUUCCAUAGGAGAAUCACCAGCUAUCACAGCAGCUGAAUUAAUCAGGUCAGUUAAUAAAAAAGUCCGUCAAUUGUAUAUAAAAAGAAGAGUUCUUUCUACAUACAAAGCUCUAGAAAGACUCACUCAAAGCCAAUUGAGUUUGGAUUCAGCCUCACAUCCGACACUUCCAAAUGUUCCUCAGGUACAGAUUUCCACUGAAUUAGACACUAGCAUCCGCAACGAAGUUGAUAUUGCAUCAAUUGGAUUCAAAGGCAAUGCUAAAACUUUAACAUUGACUGUAAAGGAUAUAGAAAGACAAAGAGGAAAACCACUUUCCAAAUAUCAAAGAAAUAUGAUGAUUUUUAAUUGGUUACAGAGUUUGGAUGAAAAUGCAUUUGACAAAUUGUCAUAAAUUUAUUACAAUACAAAGGAAAACAAUUUACAAUUUGAUAUUGUAAUGUAAUGAUAGCUAUAAUUAAUAACUCUCCAGAUUUUAUCUAACAUCUUUAUUCAUAAAGUGAGAAUGUGACAUUUCAAUAAUACAUAUUUAUAGAAACUAUAAUAUCAUUGUAAUGUUUUCAUAAAUAUAAAUUUAUAGUUGAAUUACUUAAGCAGUAAUCUGCAGAAUAUAUGAAUUGGCAGUGACCAAUAAAAUGUCCAAAUUUUAAAUUGGACUUAUUCAUAUAUCAUAUUCAAUUUGAUACAUAAUUAAUGGUGGAUUUUAAGAGAUUGACUGAAUAUAAUUAUCUAAGGUUAUUGUUUAAGUAUGUCAUGUAUCUAAGAAUAUUGUUUAAGUAAUCAGACUAUAAAGUAAGUAUUUGAAAUGAUUAAAGUCAAUUGUUGAUUAUUCAAGGCUAGAGUUAUGUCAAAGUAUAUCGAUUAUCCCAAAUUUCCAAUUCAAAUCAUCAAAAGUACCAAAUACAAACAUGCUCAAAAUACAUGAAUCAGAUAUAUUAAAUAAUUAAGUAAAUUAUUUUCUGAUAAUGUAAAUCACUACUGCUUUCACCAAGCAUUUAAUAUAGAAAAAAUUAUAUUUAAGUCCAUGAAUCCAUAAAAUGCCCAUAACUGAUAAGGAGUUAGUUCAAUCAUAAUUAUACAUUAAACAUUUAUUAUAAAACAAUAUUUUAA